CCCAUAGAGUGAAAGUGAUUGAGACCUUCAGUGAAGCUCCUCCUACAACAAUCCACCAAUAAAUGCUGGAGUCAAACACACAGAGAAAUCACUCCAUGUGUGACAACUGAAAUCUUCAUGACAUAAUGUUGAUGCUGGUGAAAGAGGAGCUUGAGAAGAUGACAGAUCCACAACCAUGCAGAAUAAAGGAUGAAGAUACUGAGGAACAAAUAGAUUUGAUGGAAGUGAAAGAGGAGAGUCAAGCUGAAGUGGAUGAGAAACAUCAGAUUGUAAAAAUAAACCAUAAUAUUUCACAAAAAGAAACUCUGAAGACAGAAGAUAUAAAGUGUGAAAAUAUUUUCAGUGAAGAUGAACGCCCUGCAGAUCGCAAGAGGACUCACAGUGAGGAGAAACCUUUCAGAUGUCAACAGUGUGGAAAGAGUUUCACCUCUCAAUCAAGCCUUUACCGGCACAAGAAAGCUCACAAGGGGGAAAUGUCAUAUGCAUGCCAACAUUGUGAAAAGAGUUUCCCAGAUAAAAGUCAACUUAAGAUGCACAUUAGAGUUCAUACUGGAGAGAAACCUUACACAUGUCAUCUCUGUGGAAAGAGUUUCGGAACAAAAUCUUACCUUAAAGAACACAUGAGGAUUCACACCGGAGAGAAACCUUACACUUGUCAACUAUGUGGAAAGAGUUUCAGAACAAAAUCUUACCUUAAAGCACACAUGAGGAUUCACACCGGAGAGAAACCUUACACUUGUCAACUAUGUGGAAAGAGUUUCAGAACAAAAAAUCACCUUAGAGCACACAUGAGGACUCACACUGGAGAGAAACCACAUGCAUGCCAUGAGUGUGGAAAGAGUUUUAAAACUGCAGGUGACCUUAAAAAACAUUUGAGGAUUCACACUGGAGAGAAACCUUACACUUGUCAACUGUGUGGAAAGAGUUUCAAUAUGGAGCAUCACCUUAAGAGACACAUGAUAACUCACAGUGAAAAGAAACCUCACAAAUGUCUUGAGUGUGAAAAGGGUUUCAGAGAUAAAACGAGGCUUGAGAUUCACAUGAGAAGUCACACUGGAGAGAAACCUUACAUAUGUCUUCAGUGUGAAAAGAGUUAUACAAGUGAAGACAAUCUUAAGAUACACAUGAGGAUUCACACAGGACAGAAACUGUUCACUUGUCAUCACUGUGGAAAGAGCUUUACAGUGAAAGGUGACCUUAAUGCACAUGUGACAAUUCACACUGGAGAGAAACCAUACAUGUGUCAACAGUGUGGAAAGAGUUUCAGAAUAAAAUCAAACCUUAACAAACACAUGAGAAUCCACACUCAAUAGAAACCAUUCAUGUGUCAACAGUGUGGAUAUGGCAACAAAGUUUAUGAAUCAGCUGAGGUCUUAAUAAUAAAACGGUCUGGAGGAUCUCUACUAAAAGAGGUACGACUUGAACGAUAGUAGCGCUGUGUCAGAGACACCCAUAGCUAUGAGGGUCGACGGGAGGAUGUGGUGAUUGACCAUGCCAAAAGUGGCGGAUAGAUCCAGUAAGAUCAGCACAGAUGAUUUGGAGGCUGCCUUUUUCCUGCCUUAGGGCUUCGAUGACUGAGAGCAGCGCAGUCUCAGUGGAGUGACUGCUUUUGAAACCAGACUGAUUGCUAUCCAGAAAGUUUUUGUGUGAAGAAAGAGUAAAGCUGGUCAAACACCACACGUUCAAGAGUCUUGGCAAUGAAGGGAAGAAGAGAAACAGGAAAUAUUACUGGAAACCCUUUGAAAUUACAUAAAAGACUGUUGAAAGUGCCAAACUCGGUUGUAUGUGUUGUCAGUCCUCUAAUAAACACAAAAAUAAAAAAGCGCUUUUUGAUGUUUUUUUUUCUAAAGUCUGCAGAUUUGCAGACAGUUUUGUUUGAUUCCAGCAAAUGUCAGCUUCCAGGGAAAAGGGAAUUUUUUUCUCUAUCAUAAUCUAUGCAAAUGUUGUUCUAUUCCAACUGAAGGGAGGAAUAAUACCCUUUUUGUAUUCAAUUUCCGCCUAAAAAUAUUUUAAGUGUCCCCAUAACCGCAUACAGUGGAAUAAAUGCAAUAUCUUUAUAUCAUUUUAC